GACGGAUCGCUCCUCGGGGCUCUUUCUGCCUUCCCUUCUCCCGGGCCUGGAUGCAGCCGGGCCCGGGCCGACUUCGGUUCGCCUCCUCCCGGGCCGGGCUCCCCGCGGGACCCAGGGGCCCCAUGUGAGGAAGACGGAGGCGGGAAGAUGACCUCGAGGAGAUGGUUUCACCCCAACAUUACCGGAGUGGAAGCGGAGAACCUGCUCCUGACCAGAGGAGUUGAUGGCAGCUUCCUGGCUCGGCCCAGUAAAAGCAACCCGGGGGACUUCACCCUUUCAGUCCGGCGCAAUGGGGCGGUCACUCACAUCAAGAUCCAGAACACGGGCGACUACUAUGACCUCUACGGGGGGGAGAAGUUUGCCACGUUGGCGGAGCUGGUCCAGUACUACAUGGAGCACCACGGACAGCUCAAGGAGAAGAACGGGGACGUGAUUGAGUUGAAGUACCCGCUCAACUGUGCGGAUCCCACUUCUGAAAGGUGGUUCCAUGGUCACCUGUCUGGAAAGGAAGCGGAAAAGCUGCUGACGGAAAAAGGGAAGCACGGCAGCUUUUUAGUCCGCGAGAGCCAAAGCCAUCCGGGGGACUUCGUGCUUUCCGUCCGGACCGGGGAUGACAAAGGCGAGAGCAAUGAUGGGAAGUCCAAAGUCACGCAUGUCAUGAUCCGUUGCCAGGAUAUGAAGUAUGACGUUGGAGGAGGGGAGAAGUUUGACUCCUUGACAGACCUGGUUGAGCAUUACAAGAAGAACCCAAUGGUGGAGACUCUGGGGACUGUCCUUCAGCUGAAGCAGCCUCUCAACACCACCCGCAUCAACGCAGCUGAGAUUGAGAGCCGGGUGCGAGAACUGAGCAAGUUGGCUGAAACUACCGACAAAGUGAAGCAAGGCUUUUGGGAAGAAUUUGAGACUCUCCAGCAGCAGGAAUGUAAGCUCCUCUACAGCCGGAAAGAAGGGCAGCGCCAGGAGAAUAAGAACAAGAACAGAUACAAAAACAUUUUGCCUUUUGACCACACCCGGGUUGUCCUUCACGACGGCGAUCCAAAUGAGCCAGUUUCGGAUUAUAUCAAUGCCAACAUCAUCAUGCCGGAAUUUGAAACCAAGUGCAACAAUGCCAAGGCCAAGAAGAGCUACAUCGCCACCCAGGGCUGCCUGCAGAACACGGUGAACGACUUCUGGCGGAUGGUCUUCCAGGAGAAUUCCCGUGUGAUCGUCAUGACCACAAAGGAAGUGGAGAGGGGGAAGAGCAAAUGUGUGAAGUACUGGCCGGAUGAGCAGGCCCUGAAGGAAUACGGUGUGAUGCGCGUCCGUAACGUCAAAGAGAGCACGGCUCACGACUACACACUACGAGAACUCAAGCUCUCCAAAGUUGGGCAGGGCAACACCGAGCGGACAGUGUGGCAGUAUCACUUCCGGGCUUGGCCUGACCACGGGGUGCCCAGCGAUCCUGGCGGCGUCCUGGAUUUUCUAGAGGAGGUGCACCACAAGCAGGAGAACAUUGCAGAGGCUGGUCCGGUCGUCGUCCAUUGCAGUGCCGGAAUUGGUCGGACUGGGACGUUCAUUGUGAUCGACAUUCUCAUCGACGUCAUCCGGGAGAAAGGGGUGGACUGCGACAUCGACGUCCCGAAGACCAUCCAGAUGGUGAGGUCCCAGCGGUCAGGGAUGGUGCAGACCGAGGCCCAGUACCGGUUUAUUUACAUGGCCGUCCAGCACUACAUCGAGACGUUGCAGCGCCGGAUUGAGGAGGAGCAGAAGAGCAAGCGGAAAGGACACGAGUACACCAACAUCAAAUACUCCUUAGCGGAUCAGGCCAGCGGAGACCAAAGUCCUCUCCCGCCGUGUACUCCCAGCCCGGCCUGUCCCGAGAUGAGGGAGGACAACGCCAUGCGAGUUUAUGAGAACGUCGGUCUGAUGCACCAGCAGAAAAGCUUCAGAUGAGACGACGGCGAGAGUUUCCGCGUGAGGAAGUGACUUCUCCAAAGGGUCAUCACCUCUCCACGAAUCCCUUGUGAGCAUUCCUGGAUUCACCCAGGCCUCCGUCAUAUCAAGAAGAAGAGGAAGAUGAAGAAGGAUGAAGAAGAUGAUAAGCUGAUUUUUUUUGAAGGGGGGGGGAAUGUCUGAAUGGAGCUUCGGAACGACUCACCCUGUCUGCUUUUCCAAUUUCCACCACAUCGUCUUCAAAGGACAAUCGGGGGUCCCCCAUCCAGCUUUUGAAAGAGAGCCCUCUUUGGUGGGUCUUUUUUCGUCUGCUCCCCCCAAGCCAAAUCCAGCUGGUGUAGCGAUGCCCAGCAUAGGGCUAUUACGCACCUCAAGCCAGUCGCCUUCUUCAUGGUGGACAGCAGGGUGGAGAAGGAGAUUUGAGGUGGGAAAAGGAAGUCCAGGGGUCUCUCUUGGCUGGCUGGGUCGGUGGGUUGGGAUGCUGCCCAGAGAGCAGGAACCAGCAAUCUCGAGAGUUUCUGGGUGUUUGAGGAGGGGGUCCGCAGAGGAUUGCUGUUUCUUUCCAGGGUCUCUGCGCCUGGACAGUCUGAUAAGGAGGAACCUGGCUUCGUUGUGGUUUUAAGGCAAGGAUCCCCAACCUUGGCCGCUUUAAGACUUCAACGCCCAGAAUUCAUGCUGGCUGGGGGAUUCUGGGAGUUGAAGUCCACAAGCUUUAAAGAGGCCAAGGUUGGGGCCCCCUGCUUUAGGGGAUGCUCGCUUGUUUUUGAAGUCAGCGCUGCUCAAAUCGGCUUCUUGUCUGGGCUGCCUGGUCCUUGUGCUCACCACAAUAGUCCCAACCUCCCUUCGGCACUUGGGGAAAAAGCCACAAAGGCCAUUUGUGGGUCUCUUGCUUCUGCUCUAACUUCCCUGCAGAGCUGGGUUCCCCCCCCCUCUUUUUAUCCAGCUUCUGUAAUCUAAUCGUGGGAGGAUCGAGCCCCAAUUAUGGUGUGAGGGGGUACCUGUUGUUCUUUUGCCUCCUCUUUUCUUCUGGUUCUUUCCUAAGACGUUGCUCCUCCUCUUCUUCUGUGGCCUUUCCAAGCGGUCUCCUUUCCUUCCUUUUUAAUUUAUGAACACCCUUGUGACUUAAAAGAAAAGAAAGCAAGCAAACAAAUGCAGAGGCCUCCGUGAGAGGAGACUUGUGUAUUUUUCCCCUGGCUAGAAACAGCUCUUCCCCUCUUAUCCUUCCUCCUCCUUUCCGAGCAGCGUAUGAAGUAUUCUACCCAGAGUAUUACAUGAAAUGUAAACGUAAAUGGAGAUUUUUUUAAAAAAAAUAGGCAACUCUUUCCUUGAAAAGGGCCUGCCUGUAAAGAACAUUGUUGGUUUGUACACCAAUCAAAGUGCAGGCUCCCACGUUCAGGGAAGUGGGGGGGGGGAAGGGGGUGUUUCCCAGCUGAUGUGAGACCUGUUGGAAUUGGGGUCAUGGUUUAAGGGGCUGGUGGGGUCUCCCCGGCUGUGGCCCCUGUUGUAGCCCCCCGUCCGCUGCCUUUCGGCUGCCAAUCCCCUAGGCUGUUCCGUGGCGGUUUGGCGCGUGGCAUUCAUCAGACGACCAACCGACUGAUCAUGUCCAGGAAAAAACAAACCUCCAGAUGUCUGUUUGUGGACUCUUAUUUAUGGGUGUCGAGUGUAGCUGCGUUGCUGGCUGUGCUGAGAAUUUUUUUUUAAAAAAAAAUUGCGCCAAGGCUUCUCGGGAGUACAAAAAACAAAAAGCGCUGUUUGUAAAACACCAGAACUUAAUAAAUGAGUAAAUAAAUAAAUACAUUUUCUUA